GUAGUGUAGUGUAAGGUGUAUGUUAUGCUCAGAAUCUUUAAGACUUUCAAAGUCGAUUCAACUCUACAAGCGAUUGUUCUUCUUGAUAUUAUAUUCAAAGCUCAGUCGGAAAUCUGUUAUUUUAUUAUUUUAAUUAUAAAUAAAAAAUAAAUAUAUAUUUUAUUUAAUUAAAAUUUGUGUCAAAAAUGGAAAGAAGUGAAAAUAAAACGUGUAAUAAAAUAAUGAAAAAAGCUAAACUGAACAAUAUUGUUAAUGAUGAUGAAGAUAUUGUUAAUGAAUCAUUGACACUUGAAGAACUUAUUAAAGAACUUCAUAAAGAAUUCAAAACAAAUUCGGUUAAUAUCGAUCGUAUACAAGCUCUAAUGUCAUCUUAUGACAGUAAUCCGGAGGAUUGGAAAAAAUAUGCUAAAUUUGAUCGUGAUCGAUAUACUAGAAAUUUAGUAGACGAAGGCAAUGGUAAAUUUAAUUUGAUAGUUCUUUGUUGGAAUGCGGCUCAGGGUUCAGCAAUUCACGAUCAUGCUGACGCACAUUGUGUAAUGAAAAUACUCGAAGGUCAACUAAUCGAGACAUUAUACUCUUGGCCAACGGAAAAUCCAAAAUAUCCCGGAAAUGUGGCCGUACAAGAACUUGAGUCCAAUAUGCUGCAAGUUAAUGACGUAUGUUACAUUAAUGAUACAAUUGGCCUUCAUCGUAUGGAAAAUCCAAGUAAAACUGAACCAGCUGUAUCAUUACAUCUUUAUUCACCACCAUAUUCAUCGUGUAAUGCCUUUGAUAAACAAACCGGUAAAAGAACACCUUGUAAAGUGACAUUUUGGUCUAAAUAUGGAAUGCGUAAUUAAUUAAUUUUUUUUUUCAGGUGCUAAGAUGACCUCAAACAACGAGUGAUCUUUACAGAACGAAUAAUUGCAAACUAUAUAACUAUCAAAGUAUACUUAUUUAUUGUAUAAUACUCGCUCAAAUAAUAUUAUGAGUAUUAGAAAUAAUUUUAAUUUUAUUAUGUGACUAUUAUUAUUUUUUAUCGAAUAAAACUAAACAAUAUAAAA